GCUGCUCUCGUGUGAGCUCCUGUGCGCACGCGCAAUUGCGUCUGAGCAGCCUUCGUGCCCUCUAGGCGUUCGGGAGGCCGGUGGCGAGGAGCGCAGGGAGCGGGAGCAAUGGGGCUCGGAUCGAACUCCUCCGUGCGGGUUGAAUGGGUUGCUGGAAUCGCAUUAGCUGCAGGAGCAGCUGCUGUUGGAUAUCUAGCAUACACAAGAUUCCUCUCUAAAGACAAAUGCUGCAAGGCAAUGGUAAAUCUCCAUAUACUGAAAGAUAACCCAAAGGUAGUCCAUGCAUUUGAUAUGGAAGAUCUGGGAGACAAAGCUGUGUAUUGUCGUUGCUGGAGAUCUAAGAAGUUUCCACUGUGCGACGGUUCUCACACAAAGCACAAUGAUGAAACUGGGGACAAUGUUGGGCCUCUGAUCAUCAAGAGAAAGGAAGCAUAAACUGGAUGGUUUGAGGCUAUGAAUUGUCACAUUAUCCGCUUAUUUGUAAUUGGAGUAAAGAUAAGUUCUGUCUUAGUCAUGUCACUGAAUUUUGGGUGUGGUACAAAGCAGGCUCCAGCAUGUAUAUUUCAUGGUGCUUGCCUUGUUUUAAACACUACAUAUGUAUGUUAAAUACUCAUGUCUUAAGGCUAUUUCUGUCUCAUGAACUGUAUGUACAUUUUCAUUAAGUAUGAAAUUAAAGUGACAAUUGUACUCAGAACUGUAUGAAGAUAAUAUAUUAAAUUAUUUUCAAAUA